AUGGAUACCACUGAUGAACCAGAGUUCGUAUUUGACAAUGACUACAUCCAGCAUGUAGAUAUUGCCAUGGACUACGCUGACAGCGGGGAGUGUAUUUUUUCUGAUAAUGAAGGCAAUCUUCAAGGAAGUAUUCACUUAAUCACUGAAAGUCAUACAAGCAAAACUUUGAGCGGCAGUGUGAAGAAAGCCAUUCAAACUUCCUCCCGAUCUGUGUGCCGUCUCUAUGUACUAUACAAGUCAGAUUGUAAUAAGGGUAUAAGAUCAUUUGGUACAGCUUUCUUUGUAUCUGAGUCAUUAUUAAUGACUGCCCAACAUUGCAUCAAGCCUUCUCAUACAAUAGAUGGGGUCGUGUACUUCUUAAAAAGUACAUACAUUGAUCUUUCCUGUUGUUCUAGAGACUCACAAUUUGAAAUUGAUGACUCUAGUUUGAUAAAGAAGGUGCAAAUUGUAGAUAGAAGCAAUUUUGAGAAAGAUAUCCAACAAUUGAAGAUGCCUGGAAAGGAUGUUCCAUGGAAGACUAGCAACGACUUCGCAUUUCUAGAACUUGACCAAAGGAACCUCACCACCCCCUUCAUACCUGUUGAAACAACAUUAGAGGGUAAUCAGUGUUAUGUUAUUGGGUAUCCCGGCACUAUUUCUAUUGAAAAAUUCAAAAAGGAUUAUUGCAGAGAUUUAGAUGAUACCAAAUCUAACCAAUUGUGGGGAAAAGUUCAGCGUGAAAUGGGCUAUUUUGAAUGCAAAAUUGCCAGCCAAGGAACGUUUCAAGUUAAAACUGGAGAUUAUUUGUACACACAUAAUUGUCCUACUUUGUGUGGAACAAGCGGUGCUCCGGUUGUAAAUGAAAAUGGGAAGUUAAUUGGAAUUCAUGUGGGUGGAGACUAUGCAUUACACAAUAAUUUCUGGAUAACUAUUUCCAAUCAACAUUUGAAGAGUGCUCUCAUUUCUAUGAAAGUUUGUUCUGAUCAAUCCUUUGUAUCGCUCCAAUAA